AUGGAGGACGUUGUGAAGCUCCAUGCGGCCUGGUGUAGGAGUUUGCAGCAAGCGGUUGAUACGGAUGGGUGGGGUCAAGUGCUAGAGGCAGUUGAAGCCUACGAAAGACUGGCUGGACGGAUCACCAACGCUUUACCAGCCUGUCAACGUCUUACAGAAGCGCAAAAGGGUAUUAUUGAAAAAGUCAUUGUGGCGAUCGAGAUGCGAGCUAAGUGUCUUAGUUCGGUUGAUGACCAACGGAAACCUACAAAGGAAGACAUGGAAGAUGUAUUGAACGCUCUUCGAGGUGCGCUGUCUGACGAGCCAGAGGUGUUCCCGCUUGAUGUCAGUCGAGCGAUGCGAGCCAAGACUCGUGGCUCAAUGGAUAAAGCGAAAGAUGUCGAUGAAGACGCCGACAUGGACGCAACUGCAGCUGCCGAACUUGUGAACGCGACUUCACAAGUUGCAGUGCUGCGAUCUCCUGGAGCUACGUACCUGGAUAUCCGGAUCACAAAGGUUGGGUUGAAAGAUGCCUGUGUGUAUGUCAACCCGACAAUGGCAGUCUCCGUCUUCGACUACAGUGGCAAAGCGAUGGAGGAGAGCCGUGAGACUGGAGUAGGGGCAUGUAAUGAACCGCAGUAUGUGACGUUUAAUGCCAAUAUUCAGCUCGCCACGAACGUGCGGAAGAUGGAGGAUCACGGAGCUGCUAUUACCUUCGAGUUCUUCCACUACAAAGCCAAGAAGCGUAAGAAGAGUUGUCGGUGCUGGGCUCUGCUCGAGAUGGAUGAGAUCAAAGACGGACCUGUGGUGUUGGAGCUGUACCAGAAGCCGAUGGAUCCGAAACGUAAACGUAUUCAUCUCUUCACAGAGAAGGAAUUGUACUUGCAGCUGGAGUUGAGACUGCAAAAACUAUGAAGAGAACAAAAGUAUCAGCAACCAGAGAAGUGUUAGCGGAGAAAUAUUUCAAAUGCACG